CCAUAUUGGAAAUUAUCUUGAUAUACAAAAUUCAAAUUGGAUUCAAACUUAUGUCUUAUUUUCCUUAAUUAAUCGGUUAAUAAUGUCGCCAAGAAUAAAGCACACUACCAGUUAUUCAGGAAACAUGGUGGCACUAAGGAAUACCAUUCCGAAUUGAAGAUAAGAUGCAGGCUGGACGACGACGUAAAAAGCGUCCUACUCCCGGAUUACGGGUGGUUGACCUGAGUAGGGGGAGUAGCGGCUAUGGGUUCACUAUAUCAGGCCAGCAGCCAUGCAUACUGAGCAGUAUAGUGGCUGGGAGCCCAGCAGACAGGAUGGGCCUUAAAGCGGGAGACUUCCUUAUGGCUGUAAACAGCAUGGAUGUCAGCCAAGCGGAUCAUGAUGACGUUGUGAGAAUUAUUGGCUCAUCAGUUGGACUACUUCAACUUCAAAUUGCUGAAAAUAUUAAUGGUUCAGACUCAUCAGAAGAAGACUUUCACAACAAACCUAAGACAAAGCAUCCCACUCGUGUAAGGCCCCCAAGACCUACUGGAAUCAACAGGGCCGAAAAGGUGCUUGCUGAUCUUCAUGCAGGUGGGAUAUUUAUAUCUGAACAAAAUGUGAAUGAUUAUGCUCAAAAUAAAUAUGGAGCUUGUCCUAAGAUUAGACACAAUAGUGUUGGGAAACAUAAUGAUGGCCCACUGAGAUAUGACUGGUAUGAUACCAAUGAUCAGGAAAAAUAUCAUUGCAAUAGAAACAAACACCCCAGCGGUUCCUUAAAGGCUCAGGUUGGACAUAGUGGGCCAUUAAAGGGACAUAUAGGAAGUAACGGGCAUUUAAAGGGUCAUAUAGGGACAACUGAUCGCCAUAGAAGUAAUGCACUCAGGGAUAUAGAUCCAAACUCCAAACAAAUCCAUCCGGAUCGUAAAUACCAACAUGAACAUUUUGCCAUGGAAGAUGCAGGUCAUGCUAGACCCCAGGUUCGAUUUACCCCUCGGGACCUAUCGAAUAUUUUAUCGCCAUCCAUCCAGCCACACCUAGGGGCUGGUGAACAGCCUAUCUAUGACCCAAACCAGCCUCCUACAGAGGCAAACCUCAGAGCAGUUGUAGGUUAUAUAGGCUCUGUAGAGAUGCCAUGUGAUGCUAGUCUACCUAAACCCUGUAUGCAGUCAAUCCGCAGUGCAAUCAAACGUUUGCGAGUAGAGCAAAAAAUACACACGUUGGUGCUUAUGGAAGUUUACAACUCAUAUGUGAAACUCGUGGAUAACAGGAGAAAUGACAUUGCAUGUUAUCCUGCAGAAAGACUAGCAUUCAGCGGACUGUGUCCUGAUGAUAAACGAUUCUUUGGGCUUGUAACUCAGCCGGAUGUCCGUCACCAGGAAGAUGGAAUGCCAAGUAAUUCCUGUCAUGUGUUCAUGGUUGAACCAGAGCUAACCUCUCACAGUGUACAUACCUCAAAAGCCAAAUCAUUCAGAAUUAAAUGUACCAUGGAUGUAGAUAGUAAUCAGUGCCAAGAGUUUCCACGCAAUCCUUCCCCUAUAUUGCAAUGUAUCGCUGCUCUUUAUCAGGACCAUCCAGGGGGUAUAGUGGAAGCUGAGUUAGCCCGAGCCCAGGAGGUAGGGAAUCUAGCUGCCCAACGUAGUCUCAGCAAUAGUAGUAAUAGUGAUAGUGGACUAGGUUUUGCUAGGGAUGAUGCUCCACCCACAGACCAGGCCAGGGUAUGUGUUGUAGACCUCUCAGGUGAUGCAAAUCACCCACAGGGAAAUUAUACUCCACCUCCUGACCAGCCAUUAAGUCAAAACAAAGAGCAAGACUUUUUAAACAUCCGAGCCAGGCCAACUUUAUCCCCCAACAGUAAGCUACUAAAUUCACAAACAGAUGCAGAAAACAUUCGAAAAAGUAUGCAGAAAAUUCUUCAGAGUCGCCAAAAGCAGCAAUCCCAAACUGGUUACUGUAGCAGUGAUGCAGAGUCCUCGCAUUCAAUAGAUAACUUCCCAAGGGGAGACAGAGACAAUAAUCUCAGAGGCAUAAGACACCUUAAGGGUUCUAACUCAACAUCCAGACUUCACCCAGGCAGGCAGGUGAAUCCAGACCCAGCUGAUUAUGCCAAUAUAGGUGACCCCCAGAGAAUACAUAAACUUAGUGCUAGAGCCAUAACUGACUCUAGUAUGAGAGCACAAGGGAGAUCGCACAGUGGAGACCAAAAUAAACCUCCAAUAAUUCCAAAAAAUAAGAAACCAGAUGUGUGGGAAGUCCGAGCAACUACAACAAAAAAUGGCAAAGAUGAUGCAACUGUGAGAAAGAUGGUGAACAAGUUUGAAGAGUCUUCCCUUGACAAUUCACACAUGAAAUCUAUCAUAAGGAGCAGUUCAUUCUCUAAUAACCAGUCUACAGAGGGACCUCUGUUCCAGUCAGACAACCUUGCUCACAGUAAACCAGGAGUCCACAACUCAGUAGAGUCACUAGCAGUAUCAGACUCAGGAGCUUUACCAAACACCCCUGGAAAAAUGCUUGCUGCCAACAGUGUAGCUAGUAUUGCAAGCAAGAGGGGAGAAAUGUUUGGAGCCCAAGUUGGACGUGUUGCAAGCUGGGCAGUCAGUUUUGAGAAAUGUUUGGAAGAUCCUGCUGGCAGAGCCACAUUUACAGAGUUUCUGAAGAAGGAGUUUAGUGAAGAAAAUAUUUUGUUCUGGACCACCUGUCACAAAUACAAAGAAAUUGAAGACAUUCAUAUGAGAAACUCAAGAGCAAGGGAGAUCUUUACGAAACAUCUCUCCAAGAAGGCCAUUGAGCCUGUAAAUAUUGAUAGUGAGGCAAGAAAGUUUGCUGAGGAUAAACUAGAUGCUCCGACUAUUGACAUGUUUGAUAUGGCUCAGAAACAGAUAUUCACUCUGAUGAAGAGAGACAGCUACUCACGGUUCUUGAAGAGUGCUCUCUACAAAGAUUGCAUCAUUGCAGAGAUGGAGAUGAAAGAACUUCCCUUUCCUGGUAGUCCCCAGAAAAAUGAUCAAAAUCAGGGCAAAGAGUUAAAGAAGAGUCAUUCUGCGUCUGAUGCUGAAGGAGUGGAUGAUAACAAGCGACGUAGAUCUCUUCUUCCAUGGAGCAAAACUUUAAUGGAUCGUAUAACAGGUAAAAGAAGACUAACAAAGAGCCCACCAAAGAAGAAUUCAAAGAAAGAACCUAAAGAUGUAGAUUCACAGACAGGAAGUGGAAGUUUAGCACGCACAAAUUCACUAGCUAGCUCUGACCUAAAUGUCAUGUCAAAGGAGGCAUCUACUUCAAGAGAGUCUCUAAGUAAAGAUGGCGUUCAGUUAGCUGACAAAGAAAAUCUGAAAUUCUGCCGCAUCAUCAUGGCUGAUGGGGGUACUACAGUAGUGAGUGCCACCCCAGGGGAGACUGUCAGAUGCAUCUUGGCGAGACUUUGUGAAAAACGUAGUUUGAAUGUUGCUGCUGUUGAUGCAUAUCUGUUGGAUUCUGACAAGGCUCUCGAUUUGAAUAGGGACAUCUCGUCUCUUGGGAGUCAGGAGAUACGUAUUGAGACACGGGUGAUGUUUCGACUGGAUUUACCCAAUCGGAAAUCCAUUGGAGUUAAGGCCAAACCAAAUAGGACAAUACGAGAUGUGUUCAAACCAAUUUUGCACAAAUAUGGUUUUAAGAUGGACUACAUGGUUGUUCAUGUGGCCAGUAUAGGUAUCCCACUAGACAUGGAGUCACUUGUAUCAUCUAUAGAUAACCAGAGAGUGAUUGUCCAGACCAUGCAGGACUUCGCAGCUAAGUGUGGAUGGUCUAAGCGUAAAAAAGAAUGGGGAGUGUACCAAACACCAGGGAAGGGAGACUUAGGGAAGCCUCCAGUUCCAAGGAGUCGCAGUUUCCGCCAAGCCAUAGAAAAACUUGAAGGGGUUGGUGAUAUUAGCACAACCAGUAAUGUGGAUGAUUUCCAUGUACUUGACGUUAGUAGGAAGAGUGCUCUUGAUACAUCACUUGGAUUUUUUAGCCGGUUGCGCCGCAAUUCUUGGGGUGACAAAGACAAAGAACAGGCAAAACUUAACAACAAAAACCGUGUGACAUUUUCAUCACAACAAAACCUAAAAGCUGCUCUACCACCCAAUGCAAAAUCUAUCAUUAAGAAGGAUCCUGAAGCUGAUAAAGUCUUUGAUUUACUGUCAGAAGCCCAAAGCAAGAGAUUUGAUGAUCAACGUGGUCUACUUGGGAAAAACCUUGAACUUCCAGAUUUUCUGAAGCCCAAAAAACGUCCCAAAUCAGAUUAUGUUGUGGGAUACACGAAUAAAAUUCCCAAUAUGAAUUCAAAAUCAGACACUCUUCUAAAGCGUGCUACAGAUGUAAAUUUACCAAAAGAGAGUGACUCUAAUGAUAGUGAAUUUGAUGAUAAUCUGAAAUUUGCUGAUGUUAGUUUUGGACCAGAUGGAGUGGUUCCAUCCCAUACUGAAGCUGAGCUAUAUUUUGCAAACUCGUAUAUGUUUCCGCCUGGAACACCAGAUUGCAAUGAUUCUCGAGUUAUGGAUGGUCAUCGUGCAAAUCUUGGGUCUUCUUACAACAGCAGUUUGAGUAGCCUAGAAAAUAAAGAGAACCUGUUUGAUGGUAGUUACAUCUUCAAUGGUAGUAACAAUGAUAGAGCUAGCUUUAGUAGUUUUCAAGGACCAUUUGAUAAUGAACAAUUGAGUUUCGCUAACUCUGAACCAUCUUCAUCUAAUGGAGUGCAACCUGUCAACGCUCCUAGGUGGAGUGACCCACCUCAAAUUAGUUGGAAUGAACUGCCCCAAACAGAGAGAACAUCUACUCUGAAGAACAGAUCAGAUUCUGAUAUUCAGAAAAGCUCUGAUGAUAACUCUAGGGAUAAUUCCUUGAAUAUGACUGUUAUUGAGAACAAUGAUAUGGAAGCAACUAUUCUUGCUUCUCCAAAUGAUUCCUUCACUAGUCAGGCACUCCCUCCCCCACCUGAUGCUUUUAAUGACCCUGCCAUUACCCGGGAAAUCCCCACCCCUAACUUCACCCCACCUCCUGUUGUAUCAGCUACCCCUAGGCAUCUUAUGGCAAGUGUUGACCGCUCUCCUUAUUCCAGGAGAUACCCGCCUCAUGAGUCCCCUUAUCCCCUGCCCAAGGGCUCCCCAGCCAAUCAAACAAUACCAGGGAGUGUAUACAAUAUGGUGCAACAGCCAAUCAUAUUACAGUCUGAAGAUGAAUCUGGAAGUGAAUCUGGAAUGUCAGAUAUCCAAGCUCUUGAUUUUAAUUCUGAAACGGACCAACAGAGGUCACCAACAUCCACCCCAUCCCCUACCACCCACCAUCUUGUGAUAUCAUCCGAGUCGAGUCCAGAGAUGAGACAACGGUUCACCUACACUGAGACUACUUUACCUCAGAAUGCUCUAAUGUCCCCACCAUUAAGAAAAGCUCCAACCCCACAGAAACCUGAUAUUCCCCAGAAACCCAAAACAACAAGUGAGUUCACUCAAAGUAAUCCUGAGGUUCAGAUAACUUUUGUAUAAGUUAUAUUGUUGAAGUCACAUUGUUUAAGUCCAGUUUUUUCAUGGAUAAUUUCACAUGAUUUAAGUAAUAAUGUAAGGACAUGUUUUUUAAUUUACUAUAAAAGUUUUUAAAGUGUUGACUUCAUGUCACAUGGUAUUUCAUCAAGAAGGAAACACAAGAAUUUUGAUUGUGAUUAUUGCAUUGGUGAAGGAACACAUCACACAAGAAGACAAUGAUUGAGGUUAAUACAUUGUGAGAUCUUUUUGAAACAUACUGAUUUCAACAGUACUUCAGAGAAUUAACAACAAAUAUUUGACACGCAGUGAUAGCUUGUGAUAGCAGUGGUGCUUUGAAAACAUUUACAUUUGGAUCAUUUUAAUGUGUAUAAUACUGAGACCGGAGGAAGUUGCAAUUUUUUCGCAAAAAGUUGCGUGAGGUGUAUGAUAAAGUUGUGAUUAAAAAAGAACAAAACAUUGCGCCAUCUGGCCAUUAAAGCCCUAUGAUUGGAGUCUAAUUAACAGCCACCAAAAAUCGCUUCAUAUUCUUUUCAUGUCCAUAAUCUAGAAUAUUGUAAAGUGAAGACAGUUAAAUUGUCUUAGUGGUUUUUGGCUCACAAAGUGACCCUAUGGGAUCGACCAGGCGUCCAUCUGUCCGUUGGUCCGUCUGUCCGUCCGUCCGUCAACAUUGGCCGCACAAAUUAAAACUGCUAUUCGGAUUAAGUCAUAUCCACUUCAUUUUAUACAUAUCCAUAAUGCCUAUUUGACCUAUCAUCGCCAUUUCCCAAGUUUGCCCGGUUUCCAAGAAAUUGUGGAUUUUGACGUCAAAAAGUCAAAUUUUCAAAUAACUUGUAGUAGUUGCUAUAUGUGCAA